UUUCUCCUCCUUUCUUUCUUUCUUGCUUGCAGUCUUGGGAUGUUUUCUUUCGCAAUGCCAAUGCAGGUGCUCCCCCGGGCAUGGCCCACCAGAGCCCUCUGAGCCUGGCCGGUCUCCCUCAAGCCCAGUCUUUGGCAGGGGCUCAGCCCAACGUGGAGAAGCUGGUGGAGGAUCACCUGGCUGUCCAAUCCCUCAUUCGUGCCUACCAGAUCCGUGGGCACCAUGUUGCUCAGCUGGACCCUCUGGGGAUUAUGGAUGCCGAUCUGGACUCUCACGUCCCCAAUGACAUUAUAACGUCCUCGGAUAAACUCGGCUUUUAUGGACUGGACGAGUCGGAUUUGGACAAAGUGUUCCGCCUGCCUACCACCACCUUUAUCGGGGGCACUGAGACCGCCUUGCCCUUGAGGGAGAUAAUCCGCCGCCUGGAGAUGGCCUACUGCCAGCACAUCGGGGUUGAGUUCAUGUUCAUCAAUGACCUAGACCAGUGCCAGUGGAUACGGGAAAAGUUUGAGAAGCCCGGCGUCAUGCAGUUCACCCUGGAGGAGAAGAGGACCCUGCUGGCCCGCAUGGUUCGCUCCACCAGGUUCGAGGAGUUCCUCCAGAGGAAGUGGUCGUCAGAGAAGCGCUUCGGCCUGGAGGGCUGCGAGUCUCUGAUCCCCGCCCUCAAGACCAUCAUCGACAAGUCCAGCGAGAAGGGUGUGGAGAACGUCGUCAUGGGCAUGCCACACAGGGGUCGUCUGAACGUGCUGGCCAACGUCAUCCGCAAGGAGCUGGAGCAGAUAUUCUGCCAGUUUGACUCUAAGCUGGAGGCUGCUGAUGAGGGCUCUGGUGAUGUCAAGUACCACCUGGGGAUGUACCACAGGAGGAUCAACCGUGUGACGGACCGCAACAUCACUCUGUCCCUUAUGGCCAACCCCUCCCACCUGGAGGCUGUGGACCCCGUGGUGCAGGGCAAGACCAAGGCCGAGCAGUUCUACUGCGGAGACACCGAGGGACACAAGGUGAUGUCCAUCCUGAUGCACGGUGAUGCUGCCUUUGCCGGUCAGGGCGUUGUGUACGAGACCUUCCAUCUCAGCGACCUGCCGUCCUACUCCACCCACGGCACAGUGCAUGUGGUCGUCAACAACCAGAUUGGCUUCACCACUGACCCCCGUAUGGCGCGCUCCUCUCCGUACCCCACUGACGUGGCCCGGGUGGUCAAUGCUCCCAUCUUCCACGUGAAUGCUGACGACCCUGAGGCUGUGGUGUACGUGUGCAACGUGGCCGCCGAGUGGAGAGCCACCUUCCACAAGGACGUGGUGGUGGACCUGGUGUGCUACCGGCGGUUGGGACACAAUGAGAUGGACGAGCCCAUGUUCACUCAGCCCCUGAUGUACAAGCAGAUCAAGAAGCAGAAGGGAGUGAUGCAGAAGUAUGGCGAGAAACUUAUUGCAGAGGGGGUCGUCACGAGACAGGAGUACGAGGAGGAGAUUGCAAAGUAUGAUAAGAUCUGUGAGGAGGCACAUGUUCGCUCCAAGGAUGAGAAGAUCCUCCACAUCAAACACUGGCUGGACUCUCCUGGCCUGGUUUUUUUCAACCUGGAUGGCCAGCCCAAGAGUCUGACCUGCCCGUCCACUGGCCUGACUGAGGAGGAGCUGACCCACAUCGGUCAGGUGGCCUCCUCAGUGCCAGUCGAAGACUUCACCAUCCAUGGAGGUCUGAGCCGUAUCCUGAAGGCCCGAGGGGAGAUGAUCAAGAACCGCACGGUGGACUGGGCCCUGGGAGAAUACAUGGCCUUUGGCUCUCUGCUCAAAGAGGGCAUCCACGUUCGCCUCAGCGGCCAGGACGUGGAGAGGGGCACCUUCAGUCACCGACACCAUGUGCUGCACGACCAGAACGUGGACAAGAGAGUUUGCAUCCCCAUGAACCACGUGGCCCCCAACCAGGCCCCCUACACCGUCUGCAACAGCUCCCUGUCUGAGUACGGCGUGCUGGGUUUCGAGCUGGGCUUUGCCAUGGCCAGUCCCAAUGCCCUGGUCCUGUGGGAGGCCCAGUUCGGAGACUUCCACAACACAGCCCAGUGCAUAAUCGACCAGUUCAUUUGCCCCGGCCAGGCCAAGUGGGUCCGCCAGAAUGGCAUAGUCCUGCUGCUGCCCCACGGCAUGGAGGGCAUGGUGAGUACCCCAUAGCACCAGUUGAAGGGA